ACUUCUUGGGCCGGGACCCUGGAGCGGGAAACGCGGUGCCGUGAGCUCAGCCCGCCCUCGGCCUUGACAGCUGAUCUGCCCCGCUGGGCUGUUAUCUGUCUGUCCGGUAUAAAAGUUAAAAAGGACUCUGCUCAGAUGUGCGAACGGCUCCGAGCUCAAUCAAGGAAGCGGUGAUGCUAUUGCACCGCUAGCACAGUAUCGGAAGCACUUACAGGCUGUUCAGAAUUGCUUCAGCUUCAACUGGGAGUUGUUUGCUGGGGAUGGCUUGGUAUGGUAAAGAGCAUCUUGACUGGAAAACGAGUUGAUAGUGACUGAGCCUAUUUCUGCUGCCUUGUGGCGCUUGGAGAGAGGAUUAUCUUUCUCAAAGGUGUGAGUGCUAAAGUAACUUGUUGAGGGGGAGGAACACGAGAAAAACAGAAUAAUGUGUGUGCUCCCAGAGUUACGGUUACUACAGCUAAGUUAGCACUGUGAAAUUCCGAAGUUUGGUAGGUAUGAGUGGCUUUGGUCAUGAUGAAUUUUUUUUCCUGUUUUUAUAAAACGCUGCGAAACUUUGAAUUGAUGUUAAAACUUGGAAAAUUGGGGGUGACUCAGUUCUAACUUGAUGUCAUCGGAUUGUUCUGCUGGAAAUCUACUUGUAGUCAAAAUCCUACUUAGUCUGCAAUGCACAGUGUAACUCAUAAACAUAUGCAUGACAGCAGACAACGGCUGAGCUGCUGUGCUGCACCAAGGGGACAUGGACUGGAGCCCAGGGAUUCUACUUCUACCAGCCCAAAUUUUGUAUUUCAAAGACAGUGCUUUUCUUCUCUGUAGUGUUGGUAGGGCUUUCAUGUUUUCCCCCUCUCCAAAUCUCAGGCUGUGUGAGGUUUACAUGCAUUUAACUCAGUGUCUGACUGCAUGCUGUAAUCAGUGUCAGGGCAACAUCAGUGAGAUCAGGGUAAGUCAGGGUCAGAAAUGCAUACAGGAAGAGAUGGCAUCCCCCUGCUCCUUUCCCAGUUCCCAACUGCAGGUACAGCUGUCAGUGCCCUCCUCCCAAAGGCAUCUGCAGGACAACCAGCAGCACUGGGACAUGCCAACGCUUCAGUACAAAGUCUGGUUGCUCAGAUCAAACUGCAGCAGGAGAGGGCUGAGUUAAGCUAUUGGACUUUGUGUUGAAGCAUCUGAGCAGUCCUUGCAUACUGCUGGUGCUUCCCUACUGGAGAAGCCUUUGCAGUAGAGAAGGUAAAAUCAAGUCACUCUAGCUGAUUGAUGAAAAUAUGUUAAGCCUUACACUGUUAUACUGAUGUUAUGCAGAACCAAAAUAUUUCCUAAUUCUGUAAUACCUCAAAUAAUCUUUGCUCUGUGAAAAGAGAUACUGAAGCUAGGGGAACAAAAAGAAGGGGAAAGAAAUAGUUUGCAAGUUUCAUAAUAAAUGAGAGAAUACCUGCUAUGUUGGUUUGAUGCCAGUGUAUACUAAAUGGUGGUUUUAAUACAAUUGCAUGCUGCUGUCCAUCUAGGAGCUGAAGCUGCCCUCCUACAAAGGCCAAUCUCCCCAGUUACAUCUGAGAAGAUACUUUGCAGAUCUGAUUGCCAUUGUGAGCAAUCGGUUCAGACUCUGUCCUGCUGCACGACAUCUAGCUGUGUAUCUGCUGGACCUCUUUAUGGAUCGCUAUGACAUAUCCAUACAGCAGCUGCAUGUGGUUGCUCUUUCCUGUUUACUUUUAGCAAGUAAAUUUGAAGAAAAGGAAGACAGUGUUCCCAAACUUGAACAACUGAACAGCUUGGGAUGUAUGACUAAUAUGAAUUUGGUACUAACAAAACAGAAUUUGCUUCAUAUGGAGUUACUGUUGCUAGAAACGUUUCAGUGGAAUUUGUGCCUCCCAACUGCUGCUCAUUUCAUCGACUAUUAUCUUUCUAUUGCUGUCCAUGAAACUGAUCUUCAUGAUGGCUGGCCAAUGGUUUGCUUGGAGAAGACUAAGUUAUAUAUGGCAAAAUAUGCUGAUUACUUUCUUGAAGUAUCGCUACAAGAUCAUGCAUUCUUAAAUUAUGCCCCUUCUUUAGUUGCCACUGCAUGUGUAGCUUCUUCAAGGAUUAUCUUACGCCUCUCACCAACAUGGCCUACUCGACUGCAUCAUCUUACUGCAUACUCCUGGGAUUUUCUAGUGCCAUGUAUUGAACGCCUAUUAAUUGCACAUGAUAAUGAUGUGAAGGAAGCAAACAAGCAAAAAGGACAACACGCUCAGUCUGCUCAACAUACUGUAUUUCAGACCCCAGGCCCGACUGCCCAGCAGGCUAAUGUUCAACCACACAUACCACAGUAUCUCCAAGCUCAUCAGUCUUCAUUACAGUAUCAUCAUCAGACAUCACAACAGCAAAACUGUCAGCAGAUAGUAUCAGCUAAUCACACAGCAUCUUAUCCACUUCAGACUUGCCCUGCUGCCUUACAGUCUAGUGUCCAGGCUCGAUCCCAUGUACAGACUGGUGCUGCUAUGUCACUAGCUGUUCCUCUAGAAGUGAAGCCAUGUAUAAGUGUCUCCUACAACCGGAGUUACCAAGUGAAUGGACGAUAUUCCUGUGUUACUCCCUGCUUUGAGAGGUGAUAAGUACAAAACUGAUCUUGGGCUUGUUUAUGGGGAGCAGGAAGUUGCAUUGAGGGGGAAUUAUUUUGUUUUUGUUUAACCUCAAAUAUAUUUGAGGGCAGGAAGUUGUAUUAAAAAAAAAAAGUGUCUUUCCAGGAAAAAAAAAGCAACUGGAUUGGCAAUUAGUACUGUAGCUCAAAUACAGACUGCUAAAACUAAGCACACGGAACAUCUGAAAGAAUGUGGUGUAUACCUGGGCAUAGUAACUUCUUACUCAGGCACUCAGAAUAGUCUGUGCUUCUAACGCACAUACUUGAAAUAUUAGCCAAAAGAAAAAUGGCUGUGGACUAACUACAGAAUUACUGUUUAAUGAAGGAGAUACGCAGUAUUAUUUUUGAAGACAUUUAUGUAAUACCACCAUACAGUAUUAACGUUUACUUUGAAUAUUCUGAAACUUAAGAAUCCACUGAAUGCCAGAUUUUUUCCAAAUAUGUAGGGACCAGAGGAAAAAACAAAUUUCAUUUUGAUAACUCCAUGCCCUUGCUUUUGUGUUGGAUAUUUGCUUUAGAUAUUUGCAUUUGGGUUAACUGGUAUUGUGGCUAGUUCUUAAGUUUUGUACCUCACAGGAUAGAUAUUAUGUUUUUCCUUCUUUUUUCUUUCCUUGUCCUUUUUGUUUAAAGUAACUCUUUCAUACUAACUCAGGGAAUUUUCUACUCAUUAUUUUGCGCUGCUGGUUUGUACGCUUAAUUGGGUAUAACCUGAGGGAGAAAGGGAAGAGAUUAUAGCAAAUGGAGUGGCUUUUCUUCAGGGCAUCUACAUACCAAGUACCAAAGGGGAUGCAUGAGUGUUCACAGAAUGUAGAUGUGAACUACUGUCCAGCAGUGAGGUAUUAAUGAUUGAAGAAAAGAGAAAGUUUCAUCCAAGCUUGGCUGUGCCAGAAUUGUUACAGUGGCUGUGAUUCCUCCAUGUACAUGCACACACAACAACCAAGUAUCCUCCAAUUGUACUGGCAGUAUCAAUUGUACAAAAAAAAAAAAAAGCAGGCAAAUUGAAAUCCAAUCUGUGUCAGGCUUACAGUGGAGGGAAAUUCUCAGGUAAUAGUGGGUCAAACUUAUAUUCUGUUUGGGAAUUCCAGAAGAAAAUGCAGAGAUCUACUCUUCUAAAUGGGUGGGUCAAAAUAUGUUGCAGAGUGAACUGCUUUAUCGCAAUUAAGAUGUUGAUCACAUAACUUUAGGAAAUUAUACUAUCUCCUGUGGAGCAGGUUGUCUGAGGGCAGAAAGCUUCACUUGUCCAACUCUUGGAUGAAAAUGGUAAUGAAGAUAGUAGGGAAAAACUUCUUAAAAAAUACCAGCCUCUCCUGUGGUAGAAUAUGGGAGGAAAUUUGGAUGACAGGAUUCUUACUUUAAAAUAUCUUUAUAGUUUGUAAACGUAAAGUUUUUGUUGUUGUUCUCUUACCAUCUUCUGCUUGUCUUAGUAGCAACACUUACAAAGCAUGUACCAUCCCACUGGGGAGCUCACAAAGACCAUUUUGAAAAUAGGGGCAAUUAAGAUAUGUUACCAAUAUUAAGGUGAGUGCUUUGUCACUGGAGAGAGGGCCUUUCCAUUAUGUUCAGAAUGGAGAGGAUACAAAUCCAUUCAUUCUCUCUGGAGUUGAAUGAUAACAUGCUACGAAAAUCUAUUUAUUGAUGAGGAGAAUAAAUCCUGUUCCUUUUGUUCUGUUUUCUGUAUAAAUCCCAAUUUUUGUUGUGGGCUUUUGUAGCAUAAAAGUCUAAGUCAAGAGGGGGUUAGGAGGAUAACAAGUUUAUUGCUGAGAAUCAGCUUUGAAAUAGAUAUAGGGUGGUCAAUUCUUACUUCCUUUAAGUGUAAAAUCUUUUUCCUCACCUUUCCAUCUAUUAAUGAAUAUUUUCCCUUGUCUGAAAGUAGCAUUCAGUUGAGAUUUUCCACUUCAUAAGAUGCCAUGCUUUUUAUUCAGCAUUGUUACCCAUGUAAGAGGGAAAUGGACUUCCUUCUACCAGUUUCAUUUUGUUGCAAUGCUAUAUCCAAGUCCUCAGUGCUCUUAACUACCUCUGAUACUAUGAAUGUACAGUCUUGUAAUAGACCAUGACUUGAAGUAACAGCAGAUGCCUGUAGCAAACUUUUCUGGAAAAUCUCAUCAGCUAACUCAUCAUCUUUAGUUGUGAUGCAGCAGUAUAGUACUUUUUUGGGUUCUUUUUGGUUUUGUUUUUUUUUUUUGAGUAUUAGUAAAGUUAUCCCAUAGGCAUUUGAUAUAUAAAAAUUUAACUAAUACUUAACACUGGAAUUAUAAUAGGUGGGGGGAUUAUUCAGUUAGCUAAUACAACAAACUUACAUUUAAUAGGGUAUUUUUAUUUGACAAUUUUUAAGACAUUAGGUCAACUGUAAAGAAAUCCACUACUUACUUUUUGUUUUUAAUUUAUUGCUUAGUCUGAAUUUUUUUUCUGACACUACAGCUUCAUAGUGACUGCAGAGAAAAUGUAUACUGAACAGUUUUGAUGUAUUAUUUAAAAGGGCUUUACCAGUGUACAUUAAAGAUACACUGUUCUUACUACUAGAACCAAAAUGUUUUCUAUAGCAUAAAUAGGAAUGGUGCUCCUGAAUGCAAAAUGUCCAAAACAAUGGAAUCUUUGUGAGUGCUAUGCAUUCAAUUUAUUUUUAAAAAUAAAACUAGUUUUGAAUAAGAAGGUCCCAGUGUAUACUAUGCUUUGUUUUAUUUUUUUAAUAUUUAAACUGGCCCUAAUAAGUCUUCUCUCACCAUCGCAUACGGGCUGGAGCUGUAUGGACUU